UACCACACCCCUCAUUCUUCGCACAUAAAACUUUCGGAACAACUAUCAACACAGGAAUUAUUCCUGUAUCAACAGCUGGCGUCUUGUUUAAACAAUAGCAUACAUAAACUGUUUACAAUUUACAAAGUGUAAGCAUAGAUAAUAUAUAUACAUAGAUGUGUAAUCAAUAUUAAGAGACGCAAAGUUAUACCCGAAGUCAAAUCACCGGCAUUGGCACAGUCGCUCAACGGAACUCGUGAAGAGCGCAAGCUAGCUAGCCAGAUAAAUUGGGAAAACACUACAUUACAAAUAUCUAACAAGUUUACUGUGUGUAGGCGCUAUACGCAUAACUCCGGCAAAGUGUUGCUUGUGGAAUUUUCCACGCAUACAUAAAUGAACACUCGCUGCGUGCAUGCAAACGUCUUGUGUGUAUUUUAUAUCUACAACUCUUGGCCAACAUUUGUCCAUUCAUAGAUCACGCUUACAACAACCGCAAACAUUUCGAACUUUCCAGAAUUAGAAAAUGUCUCAUCGUCGCCAACUAUACAUAAACGCUACACAGCGACCCGUUGAACCCUUUUGUGAUUGUACAUUUCCGAAAAGUGUCUUGCUGGCCACUUAUAAAGGAUAUCUACCAGAUUUAGUGAAUUGUCGUUGUGGUGAACGUGUUGUGGAAAAUAAAAAUGAAAAUUUAGAACAUACUGUCACAAAAGAUUCUAAUCUGGAGAAAGCGCCGGAGGAAAUUGUGUGUCAACCGAAUGGUUUGCAAUGGAGUUGGGAACAGAAUGAAACAACUGACACCUUGAUCAAAGGUGCUGACAUCACUUUUCACCCUACCUAUAGUCAGGGUACUGCAAUUGUGCGCAGUGAACGGCCUCUUAAGACGGGCAUGGUGCAUUUCUGGGAGAUGCGCAUCAUAACGCCACUAUCCGGCACCGAUGUGAUGUUCGGUAUUGGCACCGAUAAAGUUGAGCUCAAUCAAUUCCAGUAUCAUUUCGUUUCGGCGCUCGGCACAAAUGCACAAUCCUGGGGUUUUUCCUACAAUGGCAAAAUACAACAUAACGGCGUACAAUUGCCGUAUGGCCUCAAAUUCUCCCAGGGUUGUAUUGUGGGUAUUUGUUUGGAUCGUGCGCGCGGCACAUUGGAAUUCUAUUUGAAUCGUCGUUCAUUGGGCGUGGCCUAUACGAAUAUACCGUUGGAUCCAGAGGUCAAACUCUAUGCUAUGGUCUGUUCGACAGCCGCCAAGUCAAUGGUGCGUUUAAUAAAUUCCACCUCGCAAGCGGAUUGUCUGCAAUUGCGCGCUUUUAAAGCGCUCUCCAAACAGCCGAAAGAUUUGCAGUUACUACGUCAGAUGCCCGGUUUUCGUGGUAUAUUGAAUGAUUAUUGGUUCCUAACGCCGCCGGUGCGUUAUUCACGUCGCAAUGCCGCUAGCGAAUUGGAUAUUGCCGAUGAGGCGGUGCUAUCGAAAUCGAGACUGAGCAGAAAGCAGAAAUAUAAAGAUGAUGACUUUGACAUAGAUGAUCUCUACUCAAAUGCGCACAAAAUAGCAAUGCGUUGCAGCCCAGAAAAGGACGAUGAUUUGCAUCCGAGCGAAUUUUUCGAUGAAUACUUUCAUUUCCUAUUUUAAGCGUCCAGUCAAACUGUAAAAGACUAAUUUUCGCUAAGAAAAACAAUUAACAAAUGCCCAUUGUAAAUUUCCGUGUACCCAUUUAAGCUUUUACAAACAUUUAUGGUUAUGAAAUUUGUAGUGCAAUUAGAAUUUGUAAAUUUAAUUAUAAGCUUUUUAGUGCGAAAUAACAGUUGUACAUUCGUGCUUAAAAUUUUCCAUUGCCAUAUUUUUGUAGAAUUAAUUUGUGUACUAAAAUUAUGAACAAUGUGUUACCAUCAAACCGUCA